AUGGCGGACUCAGAAGAAGGAGGUGUGUAUUUCGUCGUGAAUAAUAUUCCCCCCAGUUUUAGAUCCGCUGAUCUGAGGAACUAUUUCAGUCAGUUUAUCGAGAGCGGAGGGUUUUUGUGUUUUCAUUAUCGACACAGACCGGAGGUCCGAAUCAACCCGGCGGAGUUCGAAGAACCUAAACAGCGGGACGGAACCCAGAAACAGACCCAGAGCAGAGAGUCAGACCGUUCAGCCCGGCCCGCCUCGGAGGACGAGCCGAGCACGGAGAGUAAAGCCCGUCAGGGCGACAGGAAGGCUGGGAGCUGCUGCUGCGUUGUGCUGGUGAGGAGCUCAGACGCGGAGCGCUUUGUGAAGAUGUACUCAGGAAACCAGUGGAUCGACUCUAAGGGGAACUGGCUGAUGAAGCGCUGCGCUCUACGCAGAAUUAAAGUGUCUGAGCACUCAGAUCCUGACGUAUUUCCCUAUAGAACGAAGGUUGAACUGAGGCGUCAUGGGACGCAUUCGGACCGUUUCACUAAAGCGGACCUGAAGGCUCUUCCUGAGCUGAAUCCUCCCGCACUGAUGCCCGUGGGAAACGUGGGGACACCCGUGUGUGUUUUCCUGCAGCUCAUCCAGUCCUGCCGUCUGCCCCCCCGACUCAUCCGCAAACUGGGCCUCACCUUCCCCAAAACAGGCUCCCACCGUCGCUACGGCAACGUGCCCUAUCAAUACCACAACAGCAGCCUGGUGGCUGGGAGUGAGGAGAGUGUGUUUACUGCAGGAGGGGCGGAGAUCAGCGGGCCUGGGAGUGUCCCACCGCUGAGAACCACAACUACACCCAAAACGCAGCUGUCCAACGAACAUCCAGUCAGAGAGCAGACGGCAGAGGAUGAGAGUGAGGACGACCAAUCAGGACCCGACGAUGACGAUGACCGCUGUGAAGAAUGGGAGCGGCACGAGGCUCUUCACGAGGACGUCACGAGUCAGGAGCGCACUAAAGAGCGGCUGUAUGAGGAGGAGAUCGAGCUGAAGUGGGAGAAGGGAGGAUCAGGGCUGGUCUUCUACACAGACGCUCAGUACUGGCAGGAGGAGGAGGAGGGAGAUUUUGAUGAACAGACAGCAGACGACUGGGACGUAGACAUGAGCGUCUACUAUGACAAAGACGGAGGUGACAUGGACUCCAGAGAUUACGUACGCAUGCGGUACGAAAAGAGACUGAGGGAAGGUCUGGAGGAGACGUCCAGCCAAAAAAUCGGAACCUUUGAGAAGUUUACUAAAGGUGUGGGCCGGCGUGUGAUGGAGAAGCAAGGCUGGAGGGAUGGAGAUGGACUUGGACACGCUCGAUCUGGGAUGCCUGAGGCUUUAGAGAAUGAGGGACAGAACCCCAACUGUAAGAGAGGGUUUGGGUAUCACGGAGAGAAGCUCAGCUCAUUCCUGCCACUUAAAAGGCCGCGGCCAGAUUUUCACAUAUCCACUAUUUAUGACCAGCCUAAAGACAUUGACCAAGGGGACAGUCUGCUCAGACGCCAGCCGAGCACCAGCAUGAAGCACACAGACUGGAGGCCAGGGAGAAGCACCGAGCCUAGCAGCUGACCAUGCAGUCACUGAUGAUUAUUCAUUGCUUCACUAAUUUUGUAGUGAAAGCAUGACCGACGUCUAAUAAACUGAGCUCAGAAAGACGUCAUAUUUUUACAGGACGUCCUGUGUGUAAACUCUAAAAACAACCCUUUGUUUUAAAGGGUUUUAAAUUGUUGCUUAUUGUUUGUAAAUGUUUUUCAAAACCAUUUCCUUCACUGCAUUUUAUUAAAGCUUGUAAACAGAAA